AUGUCAGAUGCAGAUAUACUUAGAAAUGCUAAUGUGAAAGAUGUAUGGCAAAAAGGUAAAUGGAAUCUUCCUGAUCCAUUUGAUGAAGCAACUGAAAGUAUGUGGAUCAUGAUAGCUGAGAAUCAUAGUGUCCAGCCUGAUAGAGAUGACAACAUUAGAUGGAAGUAUAGCAAAGCUGGUAUUUUUACUAUUAAAUCUGCCAUGGAACAUAUUAGAUGUAAAUUUGAUAAUGUGUCUUGGUGGAAAGUGCUGUGGAGACCUGGUUUUGUGCCAAGGCAUAGCUUCAUAGCUUGGCUUGCUGUGAAGAACAAACUCUGA